AUGCGGGGCUUUUUGAAGGAUUUCAAGCUGGUUAAAGGGCUGCAGUUUGAUCUGCUGCAGUUUGCAGAUGAUACAAUCAUUUUGUGUAAACCUUCUUCGAGUAAUCUUCAGUUCAUAAAAGAGUUACUAAGAGGGUUCGAAUUAAUCUCGGGGCUGAACAUUAAUCUGUGUAAAAGUUGUUUGAUGAGUGUAAACGUUGAGGAUAACUUUCUAAUGGAAGCUGCUUCGUGCUUGUGUUAUGAAACAGGUCCUAUCCCAUUAAAUUUUCUUGGCAUUCCUAUAGUCGUGAUUCAAAGGAGGUUGGAUGUGUGGUAUCCUAUCAUUAUAAAGAUGAAGCAGAGGUUGUCAUCUUGGAAGCGCGAGUUCUUCCCCAUUGGGGGUCGAAUUACUUUGAUUAAUUCGAGAGUUCUUGUGGGUGAUGGGUUGGAUAGGAAGGGGAUAGCAUGGGUGAAGUGGAGCGAGUGGAAGUGGCGUUUUCUGGUUGAUAAAGAUGCCGCCUGGAGACAGUUGCUUCAAUACCGUUACGGGUCAUUGGAAGAUGUGGUGUUGGGAGGAGUUUCCAAGGUGUCCGUGAAGAAGUCUUCUAAUUGGUGGAGGGAUGUCGUAAGUUAUACCGUCGACGUGGAUUUUUCUGACUGGUUUUUGAGAGGCAUCGAGUGUCGGUUAGGUUCCGGAAAGUUGGUCAAAUUUUGGCAUAACAAUUGGUACGUCGGUAACCCAUUUAAAGAGUUGUUUCCGGUUGCUUUUUGUAAGACAGUUAAUAGUGACGGUUUUGUAGUUGAUAUGGGUGUCUUGGUGGAUGAUAGGUGGUUUGGAGCCCGGGGCUGCAUAUGUUGCCAACAUUAA